GUGGAGGACAUUGAAAUGUAAAUACCUUGCUAGAGCUUACAUUUUGCUGUUUUAUUUCAACGUAUACAAAGAUAGAAAUCGGAGAUACAGAUUUCAGUGCGUUUAUUGUGACUGUAGUCUCGGCAGAAUCAUGUUUACUUCACAAACGUCGUCCUUCGUUCAGGAUUCAAUCGAUGUGGAAGAGAGGGACGAUUUUGACAAUGAAGACAUUCCUGCAUAUAGUCAAAAAAUCCAGCUAAACUGCUAUUAUGUCAUCUAUCUUUAUCAGGGCACAAGAUCUGAGACUACUGGGGAAAAUGUGGCAUGGAACCAGCGACGAGCAGAUUCUACAACAAGUCAGGAUUACUUUAGUUUGACACUCAUAGACAGCAGCCUGCCAGCAGAAGCUGAACCAGAGCUAAGAACCUACAUUUCAAGGAGGCUGAGCAAAGGAGCACUUCUUGGAGGGAUGGGAAACAUUGCCACAGUAGAGCUCAGUAUUCCUGAGCAGGCAGUGGGCUGCUACUGCUGCCUUCUGGAGCAGGAAAGGUCCCCUGAACAGCCCGAUUCUGAUGGCAAUGGAUACGUCAUUUGCUUUAUGGGCGGUUCUGAGAAGGGGCUUAACCUAUUUAGAUUAGAGCUGGACAAAUAUGUCCAGGGUCUAAACAGCAGUCUGCAAGCUCCAGAGCUGAACAAUCUUGAGACAGAGGUGCGACCCUACCUGAGCCGCUGGUAUGAAGAGUCUGUAAUGCACAUUCACCGUGUUGUGCAGUUGGUCCAGACUAACAUAAGUUUUUUACUACAUGCAGCUUUGAGUCAUACACCUGUAGAAGUAAUAAAUUCCGAUGAGCGGACAAGGGCAGAUGUGUCCAGGUUCAUCAAAGCUGCCAGUUUACAGGGCCUAUCCCAACAGGACAGUACAGCAGCUUCUCUAUGUAAAGCCAUGUCUGAAGAUAUACACACAGAUCUCAUCAUAGACUGUGCAACCAGCCCCCCCACCCUGAGCAACUCUGUCACCAAUCGUUUCUGUGAUGACUGGAUUCAGGCCUUUCUAAAUGCGGCGGAGCGCUGUAACCCUUUCCUGCUUCGACAAAUUCUAGAAAACUUUAAAUUAAAGGCCAUCCAGGACAUGAACAGUCUAAAGAGGUUUGUGCGUCAGGCGGAGAUGAGCCACUACGCGCUGUUCCGCUGCUGUCAGUUUCUGCAGAGUUGUGGGAAUGGCGAUGUGCUGCUGCAGAAUGCCCGUUCUGAGCAUAGUGACAGCACAGAGGCCUGCAGCAUCAUCAGUGUCCUGGAGGAGGUCAUCAGAGAGCAGACCCAGGCAUAAACGCCACAAGGGCCAACAAUCAUCCAUGCAUAAAGGUGCUCUAUGUAACUUUGAAGAGUGAAGGUUUCACUUCCUGCUUGUCUUCAUGGAAAUGUUGGGAAUUUUGCAUAUAAAGUUCCACAGUUUGACAUUGAGCAUAUUUAUCUUGCACUUCCAUUUCCUGACAGACCCGCCACCAGAAAAGUUACAUGGUGAAUUAGAACUUGGUGGUUAACAUACCAUCAAUGUUUACGUUUUACCGCAAAAAAUCUAUACAAGAUGAUCUAUAGUGUUUUUCCUACCAGUGAUUCCUUUACAAUUUUGGUUUUGUGGUUAUAGAAAAAAAUGUGCAUAAUUAUUAUUCCUUGAAUUAUGCAUUCAAACUUCAGUAAUCACUACAACAUUUGGAGUGCUCCUCAACUGCCCUUAAAUUAUUAUUACUCUAUAUUUACUGUUAAUAACACUAGGCACAAAUCACUUUGAUCCUUUGCUUAUUAUCUUGUAUGUCUGUCUUUCUCUAAAAAACAAAACAAAAAUAUGCAUAUUAUAUAAACAAAUAGAUUGUUGGCUUUGUAGAAUGUCACAGUAAAAUGUGUUGGUUUAUAGUUACAG